AUGGCUUUGCCGAUGGGUUUAUGUGGUUCUUCAAAUGGUACUGAAACAAGUGUUGUUUCACAAGAAAUGGUUAGGAAAGCAUUAGAAUCGUUGGAAGAUCCUCUGCAAAAAGAUUUCAUUGAGAGCUGUUUGAAUCAGGAUCCAUCUAAAAGGCCUACUGCUCGAGAUUUAUUGUUCCAUACUGUUUUGCUUGAGGUACAUUCUUUAAAAUUAUUGGCUGCUCACUGUAUUGUCUCGUCGAAAUUGAAUGAUAGUUUAAACGAAGAUGAUCUGCAUGUGGAGGAUCCGAAUCGCAUUGCAGCGACAUCGACAUUUUGCGAAAUGGCUUAUAACCAAGUCCCUUCUUUUCAGAUAGAUCUGGAAAAAUUUUUGGAAGAUGUAAGUAAUGGAAUAUAUCCGCUCAUAGCAUUUACUCCUCUUCCUCAUCAACAAAGAAUGACGGCCUCGACAUCAUCAUCCGCCAUAAUUGGCGAGCAGCAACAUGAAGAUCGUGGGUCAGAUGGUGACAAGCCGGAACCGACGCCUUCCCCUCCAGCAGAUUCACCGGUGGAAUACAAAGAAAGCAGGUCAAUCAUCAAAUGCACAGUCACACUUAACGGGUCACUAUUAACAUUAAUUGUUCAAUUAGAUGAUAUGAUGAACCGGCAGUUGACAGCCAGAAUAACUGAGAAUGAUAGCGCAAGUAUAUUAGCAGCCGAGUUAGUGCAGCAUGGUUUGAUAGCCGAGAGCGAUGAGACAAGAGUGGAAGAAGCAUUUGCAAAAGCUCUUGCAAAAGACAUAACUGAUAGUACUUUGACGGAUGAAAAAAUAGUUCAAGAAGCAUCUACAUCGACGCUGUGA